GUCUGCCAUCACUUCUAGUGAAACAGGCGACAGGUGCAUUAAUUAGCCAUUCAGCUCUGAAAUAUGUCAUGGUUACCAACACUGUUUGAGUAAAAUAGCGACUAAUACCAUUUCUUUGAUGCAGUUUAAAGAUAUGAAGCUCUAUUUCCCAGUAAUAUUUACUUUACUGGUCUUGUCCUCCACGUAUGUGUACCCCGCACGAUCUGCGUCAAAGCACGCGAGCAAUUCGACCUCAGCACUGGACGAAAUAUUUGGAUUAGAUUUCGACGGAUCUGCUGUCGAGAGUCUCGGCUCGCCAUAUUUACAACUUCCCGUUUUCCAGCAUUCAAGAACCCCACUUUUGGACAAAAAGCAGUUCUCUCCGAUGCAUGGAACAGGCCGUGAACAACUGCCCGAGGAGACGAAACAAGUCCUCGUCCCGCGCACCGCGGUAACGUUACCGGAGGCCUCCCGCCGCAGCGGGCGAACACAAGGAGUAAACGUCGUUUGUCAAAUGAAAAAAAUGAUCGUUAAAGUUCACAAACACAUUUUAGGCAUCGGCGGCCUUCAUUCAAAGUUAAAACUGGGAACAUGCGACAUCAGCAAGACUACAAAAUACUAUCACGUGUUUAUUUACGACAUGGACAAGUGUGGAAGUAAGAAAAAGUUAAUAAACAAUAGAGUAACAUAUUCCAACAUACUGCACUACUCUCCAGUGACGGACCUGGGGCCAAUCCGCCGUGCCAUGCCUUUCUCACUACCUGUCGAGUGUCACUUUAACAGAUAUCAUUACUCGUACAAAAUUGGCUACAUACCACAAAUCAGAUAUCAGAACUACUUCAAACCCCUGAGAACUGUGGACAGUGUUGUACUCACACCCCGUGAUGAGCUGUGGAGACGGUUAUCGCCCACCGAAGAGUAUACCAUUGGUCACCCCAUGUACUUCCAGGCAGACGGACCCCCUCUUGCUGGGGACGAGAGGCUGUUUGUGGAUUCCUGUUAUGUGACCAGCAGCAGUUCUCAUUUGUCCAUGCCAAGAUUUACAGUCAUUGAAAACUACGGGUGCAUGACUGAUAGCAAGAGCAGUAGGUGGUCCAAAUUCAUCCAAAGUGGACACAGAAAUGUUUUGCGGUUCUCCUUGGAUGCUUUUCUGUUUCAUGGGAUGCUGGGCGAGCAUCUUUACAUGCAUUGUGAAAUAUCCGUCGGAAGUUUCAAACCAACAUCAAGUGCAAAGUCUUGCACUUACAACCAGUCAACAGAACGAUGGGAAGAGUUAUACGGUUCAAAUGAUGCAUGCUUCUGCUGUGACUCCACAUGUCUGUCUUCUGACCUGUCUGUGUCCAGUAAGGUCAUCACCAGUGAGCCCUGGAUCAUGGAGUCUGAUUUGGAGAUGGUCGAGAAAGAGCAAACAUCUCCAUUCAUGACAGAAGAGGUGGGAACAGGCUUUGUUGAUGUAAUAACCACACAGACAGCUGAGAUUGGACCUCAACAUUUUGUGCCUGUGGUGGAGGAAGUCGACAAAUUUGUGGAGCCACGUAGAAUAUUUGAGGAGGUAUUUGGAUUGGACUAAACAAAAAGGAUUUAAAAAGACAUUUUUUGAUUUAGUGUUUUCAGUUAAAUUGCAAUUGAUCUGUUAAUAAAUACAUGAUGCACACUUUUGAAGUUAGCUUUUUUUCCCUUUACGUUUAGCUUUUUGCAGUGUCAUUGUUUUGAUAAUGUAUCACUAAUAUGGUGUGAGACCAUUGUCCCUUGGGAAUAGCUACUGUAAAUAUAUGAAAAAAAAAACUACACUAAACUGCAAAACACGAUGGUUUUUAGUAGUGAAAAAAGGUUAUUUUAUGUUCUCCAAACUAAGAAAGAAAAUAGUUGAGCACAAAAAUGUUGAAAAGGAUAUUCUUUGUAGUAAAUGGAUGGUUGGUAUUGUCAAUUCAAAGACCAUAAUAAAAUUCACAGGUGCAU